AGCACCAACAGGACAAACCUGCCCUCUACCCCGCCCCACCCCCGAAAUACACACCUCUUCCAUGCAGGGGCUCGUAAAGAUCUCAGGAGUAUAUAUGGAUUACACAAGGCGAGAGAGGGAUUGUGAAGCUUCAAACAGCUGAGAGAGUGUUCAAAGAAAAAGAAGAACAAGAAGAAAGAUAAAGAAGAUAAAGGAAAAAACAACAACCAUGAUGGGACACUGGCCACUCACAGUCCUGGUGACCUCUCUGCUUUGGGCUACCUGUCGAACAGCACCUGCUCAGUGUCACUUUAACUCACAAGCUCUUUGUGAGUAUGAGGGCAGAAGCUACUCUCUGGGGGAGAGCUGGAUGGAGAGUGGCUGUAUUCAGUGCACCUGCCUGCACCCUGUGGGAGUGGGCUGCUGUGAGACGGUCCACAGGCCGGUGGACUUCCCUGCCUGGUGCGAGGUGCGUGUGGAGGCUCUGACCUGCACCGUGCGUCUUGUGCAGAGCGCCGACCCCCGCUUGCCCUGUGUCUCCCACGGCAACAGCCUCGACCCCAGCCAUGGGACCCUGGGCAUGCAGCUGGGGAGAUAA